UUGACUUGGAAGGAUCCUCUGAGUUGCGAACUGCAGGAUAUACGAAGCUUCUGAAUUAAUAUUUAGAUACAGACGGGGAUUUCGAUGUUCCGUCAACUGAUGAAGGGAGAACAGCUGGGGAAUCCCAACGCUCAAUGUGUGAAAUGUUACUCGGACAAUCGAGUUAAGAGAGUCACGCGAGUAAGGAUGAGAUUCGCUGUGAAGAAGGGGCGCGAGGCCACUCGAUUCCGGGAUAUCGAAUGGUGUAGUUUGAUAAGGGAAGGGUUCAACGGAACGCGGUUUAUGUUUGUACCGAUGUUUCUGUGUUCGCCGACGCUUCAUGAUACAGCAAAUAAUCAAGGCAAGGAAGAAGAGGCCAGCAGCCCCUCCGAGUAUGCCGCACACGAGGGCAACCCCCGUCGCGUGUGGAAGCGACAGAUCCGAUUUUUCAGUUUCCCGGGGGCUAACGCGCACGGUUGGCAUUGAUAAUCUAUGGAAUGCAACUGUAGCUUGAAAGCAAAGAAAGGGGCAUUCAUCACUGGACUAUGCGUUUUGUAUACGGCAC